AUGAGGAAAGCGUACAUAGGGUGGAUGUACGGCGUUGUCUGCAUCUUUCUCUACGCGGGGGAGGUUGCCGCAGACAGUUCCAAGAACAACAGCAGCACUAGCAGCAGCAGUAGCGGUAGCCGGACCCGGAGCCACAGAUACUGGAUGCUGCGCCCCCCUGAGGGAUAUCAAUACACCGUCAAACCACCGGUUCCAGACCGAUGGCUAAACGUCACCGUCGCCGCGCACCUACAAGGCUUCGGAUCAGUGUCUGAAGAAACAAUGGACUUCCAAGCCAUCCUACGGAUAGUCCGUGAAUGGCGGGACCCGCGGCUGCUGCCGAUCCCGGAAGGCAGGCCCUACCUCCCGGUGGACCCUCAGGCCGUGCUCUGGACGCCUCACAUCGACUUCUCCAACUUCAAGGAGGUCAAGGUCGCCACCGUUCCGCACAAGGAGUUUCAGAAGGAACCCAACAUGUGGGUCACCGCGGACGGCAAAGUCAACGAAGUGACACUAUACGAGAUCAAGGUAACAUGCAGCAUGAGUCUACAGAACUAUCCCCUGGAUAACCAGCUCUGCAGUAUCAGGAUGGACGGAUUUGAAGGAGUGUUACUGGCCUGGGGUUAUCCCUUUAUCUGGAGCGACCACGGACCGGGGCCUCUACUGACGGACGCCACAGCAAUCCACUCUCAGUUCAGACUCCGGGAGAUAGAGAUGAAGGCUUAUGUCAACUCAUUCAACCUCAGAGUGGAAGGUAAAGGGUGUAAGUACCUGAGUUACGUGUGUGACUACCGCGCGGCUGACGCCUGUCUGGUGGAUAACUCCCGGUGUGCGGACACCCUCAGCUCCCCUGAGUGCGACUACUGCACGGCCUUCCCGGGAACCUGCGACAAACACACGCAGACCUGCGAUCUGGUCACGGAAGCUACUUCUUUUGAGUUCACUUCCCUUGAGAUCCAGCUGCACCUGUCCCGGCGCCUGGCGUACCACCUGCUGCAGAUGUACAUCCCCUCCACCUCCAUCGUCAUCAUGUCCUGGAUCUCCUUCUGGUUCUCGAUAGACACGGUCCCUGCCCGGGUGUGUCUGGGCGCCACCACGGUCCUCACCAUGACGGCGCAGAGCUCGCGCACGGCGCCCAUGCCGGAAGUGUCGUACGUGCGCGCCGUGGACGUCUGGGUCGUCGUCUGCCAGCUCUUCGUCAUCGCUGCUCUGCUGGAGUACGCAGCAGUCGACUUCAUACGGAGAAGGGAGGACCAUAAACCUCAGGUAGAUUCCACGUUGGACCAGAAUAACGGGACGCUUCAGGUUGUGUGCACGGACCCACAGGUGCCUGAUCCCGUCACCAGGACGUCACCCUGCCGCCCGCGCAGUCCCGCAGACAAAGCCAAGAGAAUCGACUACAUCUGCCGAGUGGCCUUCCCCACACUCUUCAUCCUAUUCAAUGUAAUCUACUGGCCGUUCUACUUGUGCUUUUGA